AUGCCUCUGUUGAUUAACCGUGUUUUGUGAGCAAUUCAUUGGCUUUUCGUCGCACAAAAACAAUGGGCAUUAGGAGCAUUUUUUGGAAAGUUGUAUCUGGAAGAGUGCCCGAUAAUGGUGGAUGGGUUGACAGUAUGCAAGUGGAUCAUUUUGAUCCUUAUACUCCAGGACAACUAACAAAAAACUUCACAGCAACUGUUGCUGACGAAAUUAGUGUAACCCGUGGCACUACAGUUAAAGCAAUUUAUCGAGAUGAUCAAUGGAUUUAUGUUGAGGUAUCUGAUGGAAGAAAAGGAUUUGUUCCACAGACAUAUUGUAAAUUGCUUUUGAAUUCAAAACACGGUGAAAAGAAAAAGGUGAUCGGAUCCAGCGCGACACUUGAUCGCCGUUGGGAAAAAUCAAAUUUGCAGAGAUUUAUCGACAGUCUUCCUGUUCAAAAAGAAGAAGGAGAGGUUUUUAAAAUGGAUGAGAUAUGCGAAGUUCAAAUACUACAGUCAUUUGAUGGAUCAGCUCCAGAUGAUAUAUCUGUGAAAGAUGGAGAAUCUGUCACAGUUUUGAAUAUAUCAGAUCCUGAGUGGACCUAUAUUCGAAAUUCGGACAAUCAAUCUGGUUUUGUACCUUCUUCCCAUGUUAAGAUUCCACAUGAAAUAUUGCAACAAGCUAGCCGUGUCAUUAAAGAAAAAUGGGAAAAUGAAAAUCUUCUCGUAGUCGAACCUUUUUCUGGAAGAUCACCUCUUGAUCUAACAGUCCGACCAGGUGAAUGGAUAAAAUGCACUGGAAGACCAGUAGAUGAUUGGUUGUGGGCCGUCCGAAUCGCUGACGAGAAGCAGGGAUUUAUCCCGAAUAAAGUUGUAAUUUUGGCGACAGAUCUUUGAUGUUUGAUUUAUCGUUUGAAUUUGUUUCAUACCCGACCCAUUAAUAAAAAUAU